UGUCAAUACUUUUGUACUUUGAAUGCAGUAAUUUUUGAUAUAUAUUUGCACUGGUAUCUUCUUCCACCUCUGGUGACAGGCUGUUUAAGUAUCAGGGAAGUAUUACUUCCUGUUUUAUGUUCAUCAGUGGUCACGUGAAGGAUUCUUGCCAUUGGUUUUGAGAUUAGAAUGAACUUUGUCUCAUUUCCUCUUGCAGAGGAAAGCGAGACUGGCGACUUGAAUCUGUAGCAGCAGCAAUUUGGACAAAAUUCUUCAAAUAAUCCCAAUCCUACCGCUUUGCGCCUAAAGUUGGGGCUGAGCUGGUUAAUAGUCGGCACAACAGCAGGAGAUUCGGUGCGCGCUUCAUACGUGAGUCGGCGUGCACUUUGGACGCAGAGCAGGCAGCGAGUCCAGCGGAGUGGAAGGAAACCGUUCCCAGAUCAGAAUUUGACACUGAUAUCUCCGGGCUGUUGGCUAAAUAAAGGGAAGUAGCCUUGAAGUCGGCGCGCAGGGAGCCUGGCAAGUAUGUAUGAGAGCAGAUCGGCUGAUGCUGGAUCUGAACCAGCUGUCACCAACACCGGCACCCACGGCAGGAGGACUUCCACACAGAGGACCGUUGUGGAGCGACUCUCGAGUUAUGGCAUGCAGGUCAUGCCCAGUGCUUUCCAGCGUAGGUCGAGGCUGCAGAGGCAGCUCGAAGUCACUGACAGCUCUGAACCGGGAGGACUUCAGCAAGGGGCUCCGGAGAGGGGGUCGCUCACACCCGCUAUGCGCAAAAAAUACCUGAAAGAGUUGCUUUUGAGCAACCCAUCACAUAGCGGCUUUAGCAGCGUACUGUCCACACAGACUUACAGCGUGUCCUCCGAGCAGGACGCAGGCUGGGCUUUGUAUCCGAUGGAGCACGCGUGGAUGCUGUCCGCAGUGGAGGGAAACUAUGAAACCAUACUGGAGUUCAUUUCCGCGGAUCCCCAUCUGUUAACCAGGAAGGAUUUCAUCAGCGGGUACUCGGUCCUACACUGGUUGGCCAAGAGAGGACGGGACGAGACUCUGCUCCAACUUUUGCGGUACGCAGAGAGUGCGGGGAUUCCGGUGAAUGUGAACGUGCGGGGCAGCGGCGGGCUCACCCCGCUGCAUCUCGCCAGCAUGCACCGGCAGUACAUGGUCAUAAAACUGCUGGUCGGGGCUUUCGGUGCCAACAUCGAUGCGAUGGACUACAAUGGGAAAAGACCCUGGCAGUAUCUGAAGGAAGACGCCCCGCUGGAGAUGAAGGAGCUGCUGGGGACUUGGGAUGAUGAGUACAGAUGCGCAUGUGCGCACACCGCCAACAAAAACGCCAACAACAACAGCACUGGAGCAAUGAAUGUGAGCACGUCUGAUGAGGUGGAUGGAAAUGGAGAGACAGAUGAAGUGAACUCCUUCCACCGGACUGUGGGGAGUGGAGGCAGGAGGUUUGGGUCUUUCAGGAAGCUGUUACCUUCCUUUUUAUUUCUGGGAAACAAAAUCUGAGUGGUUAUCACACAACCGAAAAACUCAUUUAUGCUAUGUAAUUUUAUACCUUAUAGGCCUACGGUUCUUCCAGUACAUUGAGAAUAUAUUUUAUAUAUUUUUUUCUUUUAUUUAUUUACUUUUCUUUAAUUUUAGGGCAAUAACCCACCUUGCUCUUUCAAGACAAUUUUUAGUAAGUUCUUGAAAACAGACUGAAAUUCCGACUGCACUUAAGUACUUACAUUUCUACUCAAGAACAUUGAGGUUUAAGGCUUUAAUAACAGCAGAAAUAACGGAAAAGAUUAACAGUGAUGGUUAAAGGGACGACACAAAAAAAUGUCUACCAUCCUUUCUACAUAGCUGAUACAUUACAUAGACAAAAGUAUACAGACAGACCUCUUCAUGGGUUUUUCAGGGGUUGGGCUCGGCCCCUUGCCUCUAGUGAAGGGAAAUCUUAAUGCUUCAGCAUACCAAGACAUUUCGGACAAUGUUAUUCUUCCAACUUUGUGGCAACAGUUUGGGGAAGGCCUUUUUCUAUUCCAGCAUGACUGUGUCCCAGUGCACAAAACAAAGUCCAUAAAGACAUGGCUGGAUGAGUUUGCUGUGGAAAAACUCGACCGGCCCACACACUCCAAAAUCUUGUGUAAAGCCUUUCCAGAAGAGUGGAAGCUGUUAUAGCUGCAAAGCUGUCUGUGUACUUAGAAUGCAAUGUCACUAAAGGCCCCAUUGGUACAAUGGUCAGGGGUCCCAAUACUUUUGUCAAUAUGGUAUUUUUACCUUUUCAAACCAUCAUUUUAAAAAAUGAAAACUGAGAAUGAGAAUCCAUAACUUGUAAAGAGUGGACAUUACUGUAUUAUAAACAAGUCUCAAACCAGAAAGUUUGGGAUCUAUUGCACUGCUCAGCAUCAACACUGCCUCACAAGAAGAUCAUCUUAGACAGUUAAAUACAGACACUUAAGUAAACUCUUGAACAGCUUUGACUGAACUUACCUUUAAUAAAAACAUUUAUCAAACAUGAGCUUUUCCUCAACAUUUCUUGCUGCUGAAACACUCCUGCUUGUGUCAACAACUCAGAUGUUAGCAAAACAUGACGUGGCAGGCAGCCCCCCCUUCCCAGUUUUAGCACUUUAAUAUUUGUCUUGCUACUUUGGGAUUAGGCUUAUUCAUAAGCAGCACUGAAGCUGAAUUUCUAGUCAAACUAGAAAGUAAGCACAAUCUUCCAUGAAACAGUAAUUCAGUGUUGUCAAUGUGGUCAAGAGACU